AUGAAAUCUAGCUUACCGCUAGCACCGAUUGACUCAGAGCUCCCGCCUGCAAAGCGGCUGAGAUUGUCAGAGCCUCCUGGCUUUACUACCAACAAUGAAUCACCUACGAAUAGUCUACGAAGGUGUAGCGAGGUGCCACAAACCAAUUUAUCGCUUCCUCGAUCCCCUAUUCCCUCCAAGAAUACCAAGCUCCCCCCUGGUAUGUUUGAAGUGGACCGUCCUCGCUGGGAAAUAGUCGUCUUUUUGCAGGAAAAGGCUACACAUGGCCUCAUCCAUACGAACACGAUGUCACAAAUUCACCAACUCCUACAAGAACAACAUUCAACUUUCACAUACCCUGAAGAGUACAUCCGUGAAAUAGAGAUUCUUUCAUCAAUUUUGUCUGUCCUUAUUGAUCCGAAAAAGCCAAAAGGGCGUGGAGGGGGUGUCCAUUUCAACAUGUGCGAUAUAAAGUGUUUGGAGCUUAUUUUGAUGGCACCUUUCCUGGACCCGUCAACAAUGCAAUCGACAGAACUAGCUGUUUGUUUGGAAACAUUAGAAUUCGCGGGGAAACGGAAAUUUAGUUCUACAGCCCUAAGAUGCUUAAGACGCGUCUUCCAGAGACAUAUCAAUACUGAGUCGGAAGAGCAGCAGCUACAACAUGCGCCUCUACUUUCUCUGAUUGAUGAUGCACUUGAGAAAGAUGAGAUCCCAACUCUCUCAGAUUUGAGGACAUUUCUGUCAAUUCUGGACUCGGCUUCACCUCCACCCAUCUCUAUCUCUCAACCCCCGAUAAAACAGAAUCCAACUCCUCGAUUGCAAAUACAGGGCAUGGAAAGCCCUCAAUUCAGCACCAUGGAAAGACCAUCCUAUUUUUGCUCCCAAUCCUCGGACUCCCAGUCCAUAAAGGCGCCGCCCCUCCCUCCCAAGCUUUCGGAUAACUUGAUGAACAACUACCUGAACCUGGAAUUUCCAGCUCUGCCGAUAUUGAAUAUUUCAAAUCUCAAAUCAAUUCACAGGUCUUCAAAGACUAAUUCUCAUUCCCUGAAUCAGACCGAAUCAGCAAUCCUAAGCCUUUGCUUUGCUCUUGCUUGUGUGGGCCCAAAGGGCCCUUCUCAUAUUCCCAAAUCAAUAGAUUUCUACAAGUACGCUCGGUCCCUGUUCAAUGAAAUUGAAGACUCUGCAGAUUGGCUGGGCCUCAUUCAGUGCUACCUCCUUCAAAUUCAAUAUCUUUACUCAACAGGAAAUCUGAGCACUGCGUGGGAAAUUACUGGCCUAGUGGUACGUAAAGCCCAGUCCCUCGGUCUCCAUACAAAGGGAGGGUGUCGUAUUGUUACCGAUCCGAGAUCAGAGCGACUCGUAUACCGGAUAUGGCACAGCAUUCAGCUUACGGAACGUAUGCUCGCUUUGUGUCUUGGGUUGGGAUUCAGACCCUUCUCACAUGCCUCCGGUAAUCUUCCUUUCCUGUCUUGUACGGAAUCAGACUGGACAAAGGAGAUUCCUGAGUUGUCAUCAGAAAAUCAGUUACUUGAUCCGAUUUUGAAGGUUUUAUUUCAGAAGAGCCAGCUUUCCCGGCUUGUGUACGAUCUCUAUGACACAGAAAUUUCGUAUCGGCUUACCAGCGUUAAAUGUCCCCUUCGCAAAGUCAUGGAAAAUGAUACAAAUGACAUUAGAAGAAUUGACGACUUUCUCUCUACUUGGCAACGCUCAUUGCCCAGAAUUCUGUGGGACGAUCACCUGGACGAUGAUGAUCCCACGAAGAACCCCGUUCUUCACCGGUUACGCAUAUCGCUCCAUCUUCAGUACUUGUACAUCCGGCUUCGACUCCUCCGUCCGCUCCUGAUCAACGCGGUUGCCCUAUCCAUGAAAUGUGACCGCUGCUCAGAUGUACGCCACAUUACCGGAAAAGAGCAAGAAUCUCUUCAUCAUCCGUCGAUCCUAGGUUUUAUCCGGGAUGCGUCAUUCAAGUGUGUAACUGCUGCUCGUCAGCUUUUGUCGCUUGUGUCAUCGAGCACAAAUUCAGCUCAUAUGUCUACAAGUGCGGUGUCACCAUGCGAUGCCCUGAACUACCUCUAUGUAUGCGGACUGGUUUUCAUCGCAGCCCGUAUAUCCCCUUUUCUCUAUAAAUAUGACAAGGGCGCCUCAUUGUCAGGGGUCAAUGACAUGGAUGAGAUGCUCAGUGACACCUUAUCAAUUCUCUCCGAGUACAAGAACGCACCAGACCAAAGUAAGGAACUGAAGGAUCGUUUCCAUCUCUGCCAUGAGUCUCUUUCUCGCAUUGACGACGCUACUCUCAAUCUGUCUGAAUCGCAUUUCCUUAAGGUAUUUGGCUUCAGUUCGCAGACUUGGCGCAAACUGUACGGUAGAUUCGAUCGUAUUCUUCCGACACAAAUUAUGGACUUGGAACUUUCGACUCAUUCGACAGAUGAUACUCAAUCUGAAGAUUCCGAUUCUUCUGAUUCUUCUGAUUCUUCUGAUUCUUCUGAUUCGCCCCAUAAUUCUGAAAAAACGUCUGAUACUGCUUCACUCGCUGCUAAUAGCCUGGUGCUCUUCGCUUGCUUGGAAAGCCUGCCGAUAGACUUAGUGAGUAUUUUGAAGUGA